AUGAAUGAUUCACCUUCUGAAGACGUCGUUGAAGACUUUGCACGGCAAUUAGAGCAAGUGUGCUCUAUUACACCUGUUCAUCAAACAACGCACCAACAAGGCAGUGAGAGUGAGAGUGAAAGCGACAACGAGAUUCCCUUUGGAUAUGAACAAUUGGCCCAAGAAGAGGAUGAAGGGGUAUCUUUGACCGAUGAGGAUGAGGAUGAUAGGGAACCAGUGAUUGAUCUUCCACAAGGACCACCGACGUUAUCACCAUUAGAAAAAUCCGAAGAAGUCUCGGAAGAUACAGCCAACACUAUUAAAUCAAUCAUGAGCAAGAUCCAGUUAUCAGAUCAAGCAGUGCCUGAGUGGGCCAAAGCAAUCCCGGAAUCGAUGUGGAUACCUCGAUUAGAUGAUAGUAGUAGUGGUAGCAACGGUAGCAAUAGUAACCAUGAUAUCGGUAGUGAGCAAGUAAAAGGAGAUGAAUGA